AACAACCUCCCAUCUAACAAUGGGCAGGAGUUAAGACAAAAUAAUCGCCGAGUCGCACGGACCACGUGCCCGAUCAUCACCCGCAGCGUUGGUUGAGGGACAAACAAUUAAACAUUUCUACACAAGUGCUGGAUUUUGUUCAGUUGUUGGUACAUGCCGUUAUUAGCCUCGUCUUGGUUGUUAACUUAAACAAUAGAGAGCGUUAACAAUAACGCCAAUCAAUUGACCGUGCUAUACCAUUACUGAGGAUUGUUGUUACUUAUCUGUCAACAAAUGUUACUGAUGACGCCUGCAGCUGCAAACUAACAUACGUUUGGUUUCUUUGAUUGUAUUGCCAGGGUCCAUUGAUAGCUUUCAAUGUCGGAGACGAUACUCCUGACGCAGUGGCCUCUGAGAAGCCUACUUUGGAUGUUCAGCAUAGGAAUUGUGGUUGGUGCAUCAGCAUUCAUUAUCUUCAUCUAUGCCCUAUACACAUCACAAAAUACUAACAUUCCUAAAUGGCGCUCGAAGAACACCCCAACCCAUCUUCUCGUUGUCUUAGGCAGCGGCGGACAUACGGCCGAAAUGUUCUCCAUGUUACGACGUAUAAAGCUCGAUCCGUCUCAGUAUACAUAUCGCACAUAUGUUGUGAGCUCGGGGGAUAACUUCAGCACCACGAAGGCAGUAGAGUUCGAGACUCAAUAUCUCAAUCACGUCCGAAAAGCAACUGCGACCGACUGUAGCCCAGCAGAAUCUUACACUAUUGUGACUGUGCCGCGCGCACGUCGUGUACAUCAGUCAUUUUUGACGGCACCUCUUUCAACCCUCAGAUCUUUCUGGGCAUGUCUUCUUGUCUUGCGUGGACAAUAUGCUGACCAAAAGCGGCUUCCUUCAUCAAUGGUUUCGCCGUAUCCGGAUGUGAUUCUUACGAACGGUCCUGCUACGGCGGUUUGCGUUAUACUCGCUGCUAGGCUCCUCCGUCUCUAUAGUUUCAUCAGAGGCUUCGUUCCAUUCAAAACGGCCUUGGGAGGUGAAGAUUUAGCACCGACUGAUUACCAACUCCGUACGAUUUUCAUAGAAUCAUGGGCCCGUGUGACAACUUUGAGUCUAUCGGGUAAGAUACUAUUACCUUUUGCUGAUCGUUUCCUCGUUCAAUGGCCUGGACUAGAAGGAAGAAGAGCUUGGAAAGGCAUGAGAAAGACGGAAUACGUGGGCAUGCUUGUGGAUUGAAUUUGGCCCAUGUUGUCC